UGCUUCUAUCAACGUCUUCAUCUUCGAUAAUUGAUGAGCGCGUGCGUUCAUCGGCUCCAGAAGCCGCUUAUAUAAAGGUGGAGGCGGCGCGCGCGCACGCCUCUCCUCGGGCACGCUCGUCCCUCCCCCCGCCCCCCCUCAGAGGACAAAGACGAAAAUGGGUCACGCGGGGAGCGGCGGCGGAUUCUGCGGCAGCGGGAUCCCGUAGAACUGCUGCAGCUGGACGGGCCGCUGGUUCCGACGCGGAUGCAACGCGACUGUUCGGUCCGGACGGGUUCGUGUCGAACAUGCCCUCUGGGUGAGCAUCUUUUCAGGAACCGAACCUGUUGAGGGAAAAUCGCAGCGCAGUCCCACACGCGGUGGAUGAUGGGAGCUCCGAACUGAACCGAGCCGCACCGAACCGAGCGUGCAGGUUCCGCCGGGAAGGACGGGAUCGUGUCCUGGUUGAGGCUCCGCAUCAGAACCGGAUCGUAUCCACAGCUCCGCCCCCCCUCGGCCGGUUCAGCAGCCAUGGCCCCCCUCCCCACUCCGGCGCUCCAUCAGCUGGUCUGCGCUGUCCUCAUAACGAUGACGUCACUUCCUGCUUCAGCUCUUGAGUCGGAGACGUGUUUCUCCAGGCAGCACCGGGGCGCCACGGUGACCGUGCAGCCGGCGCUGAACCGGACGGCGGCGGCGAUGGACGCCCGCCUGGUGCACUCGGAGAGGGAUUGCGUGCUGGCCUGCUGCUCAGAGGAGGUCCGUCCAGGCGCGCGGUGCAACAUGGUGCUCUUCAACGGAAAGAAACCCGCCGGCGAGGAGAACUGCUUCCUGUUCCACUGCGACGGCGAGCAGGACUGUCCUCUCAUGAAGGCCCCUGACGGCGUCAACACCUACAACAUCUACAAAGGUUUAAUUCAUCCUCCAACUCUGAGACCAGUUACCAUGACGACCACGACGACUGACGCGCUCCUUCUGACCACAGUACUUCUUCCAACCACAACUGUGACACCAACAACCACCACACAGGCCCCGGUCACUACCACCGCGCCUCCACCCGUCAUCACCACGCAGCCAACAGUGACGGCACCACCUGCAACAACCACGAAAACCACCAGCGCCGCAGCGUCUCCCGCACCCACCCUCACCUCAAAGCGACCCAACAAAACCAGCAGAAAGCAAAACAAGAGCACCAAGAAAGGAAAGUCUCACGGUAUCUCCACCCAGCCACCGCUGAGCUUCACCACAGCACUUCCUGUUCGGACUGAUGUAAAGGAGGCGGGGCCUCAAAGAACUACUGAAACUCCGAGGCUUCAAGCUGGAACUUCAACCACUGCAUCUACCACCACUGUAGCUACAGCAGCUACAGCUACAACAGCUACAGCUACAGCAGCUGCAACUACAGCAGCUACAACCACUCCAGCUACAACAGCUGCAGCUACAACAGCUGCAGCUACAACCACCAAUGCUCCUCCUACAACAACCACCACCUCUACACCCACUACCACAGUGAGCAUCAGCACCUUGCAGUCAACGACCACGAGGGCAACGGCGGCAGAGGGUCUCAUCAUUGUUCCAAAAGAGGCCGUGCAGGCUAACCACGUCCUCCAGAACUCUGGCCCCGCCCAUGGGAAAACGGCAGCGACGCACGGGGCACUGAAGAGUGGCAUGGUGGCGUUCAUGGUUCUGGCGCUCGCAGUGCUCACGCUCGCUCUGGCGGUUGGAGGUCGUAAGGCGAUGGAGUCUUUUGACAGACGACAUUACACGAGACUGGAGCUGAACGACCUGCACUACGAGGUCUGAGGGGGUGCUGGGAUCGGACCCUCUCUCGUCAGGACCGGGUCCUUUGCUUGCGUCUCAGAUGUCCUCUGAUUGGUCUGUUCCACUGGCCUGGUCAGGCUCCACCCACCUUUCCACACGAGCUUGAACCUUUUUGGUCUUUUUUCCAGAAUCCCUCUGCAGUCCAUGGGUGUCCGGAGUCUGGACUCAGUCUGGUGUGAUGUCAUUUCCUGCUUCUGAAUCACAGAAAUGCCAGAACAGCUAGGAUGGUGGGCGGAGCUCCUUCUCACUUCAGACACUUCAGGAAUUCCAAAAACAAAACCACUCUGACCUGCUGAGUCAUGUUGAUAAACGCGGAGAUUCAGUCCAUCUUGACCUCCAACUGCUGCAGUUCUUCAGCAGAGUUCAUCAAAUCUGAUUUAUUUAUAGCCGUUCAUUUUACAACUUAGCUGCUGCAGGCAGCUAUCUGAGCAUGUUCAGGUUGAAAAAUGGGGUUUGUCUCUGAGCUUAAGCAGCUGUGACGUGAAGCUGUGACUCCUGACGGUGAAGCUGUGACUCCUGACGGUGAAGCUGUGACUCCUGACGGUGAAGCUGUGACUCCUGACGGUGAAGCUGACUGAUCACGGUGAAGCUGUGACUCCUGACGGUGAAGCUGACUGAUCACGGUGAAGCUGUGACUCCUGACGGUGAAGCUGUGACUCCUGACAGUGAAGCUGUGACUCCUGACAGUGAAGCUGUGACUCCUGACGGUGAAGCUGACUGAUCACGGUGAAGCUGUGACUCCUGACGGUGAAGCUGUGACUCCUGACGGUGAAGCUGUGACUCCUGACGGUGAAGCUGUGACUCCUGACAAUGUCCACGGCUCUCCAGAUUCAGGAUGGUUCGUCUUCACUCCAGCAGAGCUCCUUAUGGUCCAGACCGACUCCCCGAAUCCUUUUUCAGAUUCUGGGAUUCAAAACCUAAAUCAAAGUUUCAAUACCUGCUGAUUUAUUUUUCAAACCAGAUUUCUUGCUGGCCCCAGCAGUUUUCUCCCUGACCGACCAGUGAAACCUUUAGUAAUAAAAUGUGUUCUUAAAUUAUACAUAUAAAAAAAGAAAAUCUAGUUUUGCUUAGAAACGUUAGAAACGGCUGUCAUGGAUGAUCUCACACAUCAGCUUUUGUAGGUGAAGAUGGACUGAAACAUCAGAUUUUCCUCAAAUUCCGUUGAAUGUGAGGGAGAUCUGAGGAGCAGCUGUGGUGGGACGGUCCCGCCGCUGGACGCUGCUGAGGGAAGGAAGCGCUGCUCCCUGACCUCUGACCUUUCUGAAGCUUCUUCACAUACGACAGAGCAUGUUUCACUUUUUAUUCAAGUUUAUAAAAAUUUCACUAAAAGCUAAAACUUUGAUGUUUUUAAAAACAAAAAAACUUUCAACUAUUUUCAAACUUUUGAGCUUUUCUUAAAGACUCGUUUGUGCUUUUAAAGAUGACACUGAGGUGUUGAGCUGAGAACCUCCUCCAUGAAGAACUGAGGAGUUCACAGACAGGUCUAACUUCACGUCUCCAUGAGCUGAAGGAGAUCGGCGCUCCUCUGUGGACCACGCCUCCUUUUGCUUUGACUCCAUCACUGGCAGCUCUGAGACCAGGAGAACCCUGGGGAGGUCUUGAAGGCUCCUGCCGUCGUUCUUCGUCGCUGAAGAAGAACAAAGCUACAGCAAUACUGUGAUCUGAAACUCAGGAAGAGGAGCUGAAGCUUCUGCAUGGUCCCACUGCCUCACUGUGACUGGCUGCUGAAACGGACUCCUGUCCUGCACUUUUGAAGGACAGAUCCGCUCUCGUGGGGGGUUCAGGACUUCUGCAGGCCUCCAGCAGGGGGCGGCAGCAGUUUUCACUCAGCUGUACUCUGAUUACUCGGAUGGCUUUUGAUAUUGUUUUGUGAAGUAAAGCGUUUGCAUACGUUUGGAA